AUGGAAAUCGUAGAUGACUCAGCUGUUGUAGAGCUUAGCAGCGUUGAACUCGGGGAGGAUUUAGUCAAACCUCAGCAUAUUCAGGACUGGGAUGAUAUAAAGAACGAUCCAGGGACUGAGGGAGAGUCGGGGGAUGAGACAGAAGAGGAAGAUUGGAUUAUGAGGGUGUGCUCCAACAACGAUUUCUGGCAGAAACUGCAGCCCCAGAUGCAAGAAGCAGCCAAAGCAGUGAAGACCACAAAAGCAUAUGCAGGAACUUCUCGAUCUGCAAUUUUCCGCAAGAAUCAAAGACUUAAAACGGCUGCCAUGGGCACACCAUCUCUCACUUCAAUUGGCUUUAUUGGGAUAUCAAAGGAGCCUGCAGAGAGUUCUACCAAUAACCAUAAUCAGCAACAAAGUAUGUUACCGUAUGAUAUGCUCAUACUCUGCAAGGCUGCCUUACACUUCUUAGUGGUAUCUGGGACUUUUGCCUUUUUACCUUGCAUUGGAAGAGUGGUUGGUUGCAGGGGUGAGAGCUUCAUUCUGGAGAGACCAGUGAACAAAGACACUUUUAUCAACAAUAUGGUCAAGCCGGGCAUAGACGGACUGUUUGGGACUUACCACACAUCACUACGCACUGGACAAGUGGUGAAAUCAAGUGCGCGGACGGCUACAAGAAUGAAGAGAAGCUAUAACUCGAUCUUCAUAUCUCGAUCAAGAAGCAUUCUAUUGUAUUCCUGGAGGCAAAGCCUUCAAUUGAUAUCAGGAUUUCGAGUCGAGACUUUUGUGAUGACACUGGAGUAUAAGGUAUCUUAUCUACCAAUCGGUAUUGGGCCCUUUGAUCUCAUUGGAUCGCGGUUCCAGGUUGGCAGUCCAUUGACUGCUGCAAAAUUCUUGCAAUCAGCUCCAGAUACUGUCAAAUGGACAUUGGAAGUGGUUUAUGAAGCCUAA